AUGACAGCAGAGGAGACAAUCAACAUCAAGGAGCCAGAGGUGAUCAAGCUGAUCCUGGACUUCCUCAACUCCAGGAAGCUGCACAUCAGCAUGCUGGCCUUAGAGAAAGAGAGCGGUGUCAUUAAUGGACUGUACUCUGAUGACAUGCUCUUUCUCAGGCAACUGAUCCUGGACGGCCAGUGGGAGGAGGUGAUGCAGUUCAUACAGCCUCUAGAGGGAAUGGACAAGUUUGACAAGAAAAGGUUCCGCUACAUCAUUCUGAAGCAGAAGUUUUUGGAAGCUCUGUGUGUAAAUAACGCCAUGUCUGCUGCUGAAGACCCUCAGAAUCUGGAACUCACCAUGCAGGAGGCAGUCAAGUGCCUCCACAGUCUGGAGGACUUCUGCCCGUCCAAGGAGGACUACAGCAAGCUGUGUCUUCUCCUCACCCUGCCUCGCCUCACCCACCACGCAGAGUUCAAAGACUGGAACCCGAGCACGGCACGUGUCCAUUGCUUCGAGGAAGCCUGUGCUAUGGUGGCUGAGUUCAUCCCUGCGGACAGGAAGCUGAGCGAGGCAGGCUUUAGGGCGAGCGGAAACCGCCUCUUCCAGCUGCUCAUUAAAGGGAUCCUUUAUGAGUGUUGCGUCGAGUUCUGUCAGAGUAAAGCAACUGGUGAGGAAAUCACAGAGAGUGAGGUGUUGCUCGGCGUGGAUUUGCUCUGCGGGAACGGCUGCGACGAACUGGACUUGUCGCUGCUAUCCUGGCUGCAGAACCUCUCUCCAGAUGCCUUCUCAUGCGCCUUCCAGCAGAAGACCCUCAACAUCCACGUGGACCGGCUGGUGAAGCCCAGCAAGGCGGGCCAUGCCGACCUCCUGACUCCAUUAAUCAACCGUCUGUCUCCCUGCCCUAGCUCACCCUUCCGCCAGAGGCCUCAUUCAGCUGACACAUACAUGUCCAGAUCUCUCAAUCCAGCUCUGGACGGCCUGUCCCACGGUCUGGCGGCGCAAGACAAGAGAGGCAUGGAGGCGAACAUGAAGUCGGCUCUCAGUCGGAGCCUGGUGGAGAAUAAUGUGCAUCAGCAGGAUGAUUCACCUGAGAGGAAGCACCCACAAAGGCUGGAUGGUCCCAGCACCACACGCACACCUCUGACCCCUGGAAAAGAUGGUGGGCCACCCUGCAACACAGAAACAAAUGAGCGCGGUGACUCUGCAGAGUACAUACAGGAGUUUUACAGGCAGCGACUUCGUGUGCAGCAACAUCUGGAGCAGAAGCAGCAGCAGAGGCAGCUUUACCAGCAGAUGUUGCUCGAGGGAGGGGUGAAGCCACAGGAUGGAGCCCAACACAACCUCACUGAGACCUUCCUGAGCAGAUCCAUUCAGAAGUUGGAGGAGAUGAACUUGGGCAUUGACCACAAAGGAGAUGAGGUGAUGACACAUCUGGGCCAGCAGUGGAACGGACUGAUGGGGAACAGUAGCACCUCUAGUCCCAGGACUACCAACACUCCAGAUACAGGGCUGCCAAGGGACAAGCCGGGAGGCGCGAGCAGCAGCACCCCUUUAAGGACCGGGAGCCACGGCUUGCCCUCCCUCAGCGAGUCUCCAAUCAUAUUUCUAUCUUUUUUUUUUUCGGAUCUUCUUGUACAGCCGGGUAAGUCCAAAACUCAGUUUGUUAAGGUCAGCCAGCUCGAGGACACGCAGGCAGUACGUGCAGUGGCCUUCCACCCCUCAGGAGCGCUCUAUGCUGUUGGCUCCAACUCAAAAACCCUGAGAGUCUGUGCCUAUCCAGAAACCCUGUCCACCAGUGGUUCUGGUGCAGUUAAACAGCCAGUUGUGCGAUUCAGGAGGAACAAACACCACAAGGGCUCAAUCUACUGUGUCGCCUGGAGCCACUGUGGACAGCUGCUGGCCACCGGCUCCAAUGAUAAAUACGUCAAAGUCCUGCCUUUCAAUCCAGAAACCUGCAAUGCCACGGGCCCAGACCUGGAGUUCAGCAUGCAUGAUGGUACCAUCAGGGACUUGGCCUUCCUGGAGGGCCCUGAGAGCGGAGGAUCCAUCUUGAUCAGUGCCGGGGCUGGAGACUGCAACAUUUACACAACAGAUUGUCAGAGAGGACAGGGCCUUCAUGCCCUUAGUGGACACACAGGUCACAUUCUGACUUUGUUCACAUGGGGAGGGUGGAUGAUCGCCUCUGGCUCGCAGGACAAGACAGUCCGUUUCUGGGACCUGCGAGUGCCCAGCUGUGUCCGGGUGGUGGGCACAACUCUGCACGGCUCAGGAAGUGCAGUUGCGUCAGUGGCAGUGGAUCCCAGCGGCCGCCUGCUGGCCACCGGCCAGGAGGACAGUACCUGCAUGUUGUAUGACAUCAGAGGAGGCCGCAUAGUCCAGACAUACCGUCCCCAUGGCAGUGACAUUCGCUCAGUGCGCUUCUCACCUGGAGCCCAUCAUCUGCUGACUGGCUCCUAUGACAACAAAAUCAUCAUCAGUGACCUGCAAGGUGACCUCACAAAGCCCCUCCCUCAAACAGUGGCAGGGGAACACUGGGACAAGGUGAUCCAGAGCAGGUGGCACCCCCAUGACCGGACCUUCCUCUCCUCGUCUGCAGAUCGGACUGUCGUCCUCUGGGCUCCUGGCCCCUGA